AUGUCUGACGAAGAUAAGUUGGGAGCAGUUUUAGUCCAGGUUCAAGACGAUUUGAGAAAACUCAAAUGUAGUCUUGAGAAAAUCUCUGUCAGUGAGACCGGGGGAACCCUGGACAUCCAAGCCUUGGAUAGUGCCAUUCACAGGACACAGAGUGGCAUCAGGAGACAUGCAGAGGAUUAUCUGAAAACAGUCAAUAAGCAGGUGCUGGUUCUUCCGAGCAUUGCAGACUUAGAAAAGAAAACCACGCAGGUCCCCAAAUGGAAACCUGAGCUGGAGAGUUUCCCAGAUGUGCAUCCACAGAAGGAGGACCUCACAUGGGAUUCACCUGGGCAAAAACAUAAGACAGCUUUAACCAUGCGUUUGCUGUGUAAUCCCGCUCACCCAAACAACAGAGCCAUUAUGAACGAGAAAUUUGGGGUUCCACUCCCAGAUGUGCACAAGAGGAGCGUGAAAGCAGUAAAACAUCAUCGAAUAAUCACUGGCCCCACUGUGACCUUUCACCCCAUGGAACCAAAGGGCUAUCACAGCCUGGCAGCACCUGAAGAUGACAUGGGGACAGGCAUGGUAGACUCCAAGUCCAGGUGUCAUAAGCAACUAAAAUGGGAAACAGACCCUGAACCCACCGAUGAGAGUACAGACAGAGAAUGCACGCCCCCCGGGACCACCAAGACACCACCUCCCUCUACAACCUCCAACAGCAUGGACUCUAAGGGUAUGAUGCCAGACAGCAGCGGUUGUAUCUUACAAACUCCUCCGAGUCUACCUUUGCAAGUUGCUGUAAACAUCAGCAAAUAUCCCUUUACCAUCAUAAAGGGACACAUCAACCCAAUGGCAACAGACUUCUGUCACUUCAAGCAAAGCUUCAGUUUGUGCUGGAGCAAUGUGGUGGAUGCUCUGGAGGCCCUGGAAAAGCUGCUCAGGGACUUUGCAGUGCCUCUAGCCAAGGUGAACGGAGAACGGCUAGUAGAGUUUGGCCACGGUUGGGAAAAUGGUUGGAGAAGGGCUCCUCCAAUGACCGACCUCCUCUCAGUGCUUGAAAACUGGGAGGAGGUGUUGGAUCUGGUUUUACGCCCAGGUCAGCGUUACAAGGGAGAUGGAGGCGUUGAGGCAGCUGCCAUCCACAUCCAGUCCUGCUGGAGGCGUUACCUAGCCCGGACAGCCUACCUGAGACAUUACCGCCGCAAGUGGGCGGCAGGGACCAUCGCCAUCUCAUGGUUGAUGCACGCUCAGAUGCGUCGAGUCAGGAAGGCCCUGCAGGCCAGGCGUUUCAAACAGCUGGAGAAUUAUCGCAGCAGAGCCCAGCAUCUGGCAGCCAACUGGAAACACAUCCAGUCCUCCAAGAGGACCAUUAUCCACAUCCCUUCAUUAGGAUACUCUGAGAGUCAACGAUUGAGCUUGAGAGGGUUGGACAUUCUACAGAACGUCCAAAUAGGCAGACUCUGUGAAAUAAGAGAUCCAAAUGUGGACGUGAUCUACGUAUGUCCCCAGCAUCCUGGGGAGGACGUCUUGCAUUAUUACACCAGUCUCCUGAAGUGCGAUGGAACUUCAGAGGGGGCUGAUACCAGGGACACUCAGGCCUUCAGCAGACGAUUCAUCAUCCUCACACCUGAGGCUGUAGAUUAUUUCCCGACUCAUAACAUGUGCCUGUCCUCGCUGCUAAAGUACAGUCCACAUGCCCUGAAGCGUAUCAAAAACCUGAUCCAGGGGAAGCAGGCCUAUAUUGUCGGCGGAUUGGCCCAUGUAGAUGACUUGGCAGUUGCUGAUGAGCUAGGGGUGCCAAUCCUGGGCCCGGAGCCGGCUAUUGCACAGCUCUACGGCACCAAAUCUGGAGGGAGGAGGAUCUUCAGUGGGGCAGAGGUUGAUGUACCACCUGGUCAAGGAGAUGUCUACUCGCUAAACCAGCUUUAUGAAACACUGGCUGAGCUCAUGACUCAAAACAUUGACGUGCAGCGCUGGCUCUUCAAGGUGGACUCUGAGCACCGUGGUCGUGGCACAGCUUACUGUGAUGUAUGCCAUCUUGGCUGCUAUAAGUGGGCUGUGCAGGAGUACCAUCGUUACGGGCCUAAACUAUGGAAGGCGAAAUGGAUUCAGGAGACUGUACAGCUCAGAUAUUUAGAUGAGAUCCCAGAGUGGCUGGCACGUUACGCCCGGCCUGCUAAAACCUCCUGCUCUCCCAAUUGGGCCUGCUUCCUGAAGACCUUCCUCAGGCAAGGUGGUGUGGUGGAGGCCUUACCCCCUUCAGACUGUGUCACCUGUCUGACAGUAGAUCUGCUGCUGGAGCCUGGGGGUGAGGUAACCAUGCUGUCCUGCGGCGACCAGCUCCACGGCUCCUGUCAGCUGGAAGCUAUAGGUUCCUCUGUCCCUCAGACCUCUGUAUGCCCAGAGACCUUGCGCUCCAUCUGCAUGCGUGUGGGCCAGGCCUGUCUGCAGCGCCUUGUCAUAGGCUAUGUCUCUGUGGACCUGGCUACCUUUGUGAACCACAGCACCAUGGAGCAGAAGGUGUGGGCGAUUGAUCUGGACCUCACAUACAGUGACCAGCUUGCAAUGACCCAGAUGCUUCUGAUAAUGACUGGAGGAACGCUGAAUUGCCGCACAGGCUGUUUGGAAGUGCCAGUGCCAGUCAGAGAAAAAUACUGUGAACACCAGAUUGUAGCCAAACCUCCUGUGGUGAAUCACUAUGCAGUUAUUGGGAGCCACUUGUUUCACUCCAACCUUUCCAUGUUGUAUCAUAGUGUGUUCUUCAAGAUGUGCAAAGCUCAUGGCAUUGGAUUUAACAAGAAGAGAAAGCAGGGAACUGUCUUUGCUCUUUAUGACAGCAGCGAGCGAUGCAAUAUUGCAAUGAUAACCGUCUCAGAAGAUCUCCGGGGAGCCCUACUGACCUUUGCUCGGAUGCUGUCAGUCAUUCAUCAGGAAAUAUCAUCCUCUAAAAUGCAAGGAGAAACCAAUUUCAGGGAGGUGAUCAGGAACGUUGAAGAUGUACUGCAGAUGACUCUUCAGAACAAGCUGCGAGCAGUGGAGGAUAAAACUGCUGCUUAG